AUGAGAGACGAGAACAUCGUUCGUCUAUACGAUAUCAUACACUCAGAUUCGCACAAAUUGUACCUUGUCUUCGAGUUCUUGGACUUGGAUUUGAAGAAGUACAUGGAGUCGAUUCCUCAGGGCGUCGGCUUGGAGCCGUCCAUGGUCAAACGUUUCAUGCAUCAGUUGGUCAAGGGUAUCAAACACUGCCACUCGCACCGGGUGCUCCAUCGUGAUUUGAAGCCUCAGAACUUGUUGAUUGACAAGGAGGGUAACUUGAAAUUGGCAGACUUUGGCUUGGCUCGUGCAUUUGGCGUGCCGUUGCGUGCCUACACUCACGAGGUGGUGACCCUCUGGUACAGGGCACCGGAGAUUCUUUUGGGCGGUAAACAGUACUCGACCGGUGUUGACAUGUGGUCUGUGGGCUGUAUUUUCGCCGAGAUGUGUAACAGAAAACCUCUCUUCCCUGGAGACUCGGAGAUCGACGAAAUCUUCCGCAUCUUCCGUAUUUUGGGUACGCCCAACGAACAAACGUGGCCCGAGGUGACCUUGUUGCCAGACUACAAGCUCACAUGGCCCAAAUGGGAAAGGAAAGAUUUGGCAACACAUGUGCCUACCUUAGAUGCAGACGGAGUGGACUUGUUGUCGCAAAUGUUAUCCUAUGAUCCUAGCAAGAGAAUCAGUGCUAAACGGUCAUUGGUGCACCCUUACUUUAACGACGACAACGAAGAAAACUACGAUGGCUUUUUGCGGUCUAGUGGUAUGAACUGA